AUGUCAACAUCUGAUCAUCCAGAGUCAGAUGGUCAGACGGAACGUGCCAAUCGUGUCCUUGAAGAGAUACUUCGAGGAUACGUACACUCCUUUAAGAGUUGGAGGGGGAGGGACUCGCGCGAGCAAAAACCGAUUUGGUUCACGCUCAUCACGCCUGACGAAGAAGUCAUUGCGUUUGAUGCCGAUAUCGAUAACAUCGAUAUCGAAGAAGAUGAUGCCAGUGAGAGUGCGGAAGCCCUCACUGAAGACAAUGAUCCUAGUGAGAGUGCGGAAGCCCUCACUGAAGAAAAGGUUGAUGUUGCUGCAGUGCGCUCACAGCACACUGAAGCUAACGAGUCAUCAGAUGAGUUCAUACUGGCUCGUGAAACGGUAGUCCGUUUUGUGCAAGACUCCAUCGCCGAAGCGGUGGAUAAGCAAAAAGCAAAACGCUGA